UCGCAAUGUAGAACAUAAAACGAUAAACAGAGAAGGGAAAGGAGAGAAGUUGAAAGAAGACAGAGGGAGAGAAGAUUGUGGUUUGAGAUCUCUCUGUCUUCUGUUUGUUAGAGCCUAAAACCGAGAUUUUGACAGAUCUCUUUCUAUCUAUUUCUCUUUCCGUCCCUCUCGUUGUCGGGUCUUCGCAUCUUCUGCAAUAUGGGUCUCUGGGAAGCUUUUCUCAAUUGGCUCCGAAGUCUCUUUUUCAAGCAGGAAAUGGAGCUUUCUCUGAUAGGGCUUCAAAAUGCUGGAAAAACUUCACUUGUAAAUGUUAUAGCUACUGGUGGAUAUAGUGAAGACAUGAUCCCUACGGUUGGAUUUAAUAUGCGGAAGGUCACCAAGGGGAAUGUUACAAUAAAGUUGUGGGAUCUUGGAGGUCAACCUAGAUUCCGGAGCAUGUGGGAACGAUACUGCCGUGCAGUUUCUGCCAUUGUGUAUGUUGUUGAUGCUGCUGAUCAUGAAAAUAUCAGCAUAUCUAGAAGUGAAUUGCACGAUUUGCUGAGUAAACCAUCACUUGGUGGGAUACCAUUGUUGGUCUUGGGUAACAAGAUUGACAAGCCUGGAGCCCUUACAAAGCCUGCUUUGACUGAUCAGAUGGGUUUAAAAUCUAUUACUGAUCGUGAGGUAUGCUGCUUCAUGAUAUCAUGCAAAAACUCAACCAACAUCGACUCUGUCAUUGAUUGGCUUGUUAAGCAUUCUAAAUCAAAGAGCUAAACACGAGACUCUUGUAUUCUGAAUUAUUAUAUGUGGUCAGAAGUUGUGAGGAUAGACCCGGUUUGGGUUGGUUUUUGGUUAGAUCUGGUAAUUGAAGUUCUCUGUUGAUUUUUUCUUGUCCUGCAUAACCCAAAUGAUGUGUAUUGCAAAGUAAAUAGUUUUGGCAAUUGAGUGAAUGAGCUGUUACUUGUGGUUUUUGGUGGACAUAUGUCCAUCUCACUAUGUUAAGAGCUUGCGUUUCUGUGUCAA